GUUUCCCCUCCGCCUCGGGGUGCCGCCCCGGCCGGCCCCGCUUCGGAGCCCCGCGCCAGGGGCGGGGCGGGUCGGGAAGCAGUGCCCGGAGGUGAAGGGCCGAACGCCGAGCCUGUGUCCCGCUCCCGUGGGCUCCCCGAAUGUGAGCAUUAUGGUGAAGAGAAGAUAUUGCCAUCAACAUUAUAACACUGUCAUAGAAUUCCACUGAAGACUAGGAAGUAUUGCUGGUGUCGUGCAUUCUGGAAAUACAUUUUACUAUAGAUACCACCAAGGCUUUGCAAACAGGAUGAACAUGCUGCUGUCGACUGCUUACUGACAGUAACCAUCUGGGCAUUUCACUCAUGAUGUUUUCAUUCUCACCUUGUCCAAUUGGAGUUUGCUUAUACUGAUUUUUAAAGAGAGGAAUAAGUCAAAGUGGAGUACCGUAAACUUGACAUGGAAAAUAAAAAGAAAUAUAAAGACAAACCAGAUGAAAGAAUGGCACGGCCUAGUGGGAGAUCAGGUCAUAAUCCACGUGGAACUGGUUCUUCAAAUUCUGGAGUGUUAAUGGUUGGCCCUAACUUCAGAGUUGGUAAAAAAAUUGGAUGCGGUAAUUUUGGAGAACUACGGUUAGGAAAAAAUUUAUACACAAAUGACUAUGUGGCAAUUAAGCUGGAGCCAAUGAAGUCGAGAGCACCACAGCUACAUUUGGAAUACAGAUUCUACAAGCAGCUAGGAUCUGGAGGUGAGCGAUACGUAAAACUUCUCACAUAUUUUUGUGCCUUUCACAAAACUGCAUAUAAUCAGUUAGGAAGAUGUGAAGUUUCUUACCCUAGUAAAGGGAAGUCAGAUGUGUCAGCUUUAAAAACUUUCUGGACAUCGUAUGGAAUACCUCAGGUUUAUUAUUUUGGCCCAUGUGGCAAAUAUAAUGCUAUGGUGCUAGAACUACUUGGACCUAGCCUGGAAGAUUUAUUUGACUUGUGUGGUAGGACAUUUUCUCUUAAAACCGUUCUUAUGAUAGCCAUACAGUUGAUUUCUCGUAUGGAAUAUGUCCAUUCAAAGAACUUGAUAUACAGAGAUGUAAAACCUGAGAACUUCUUAAUAGGACGUCCUGGAAACAAAACCCAGCAAAUUAUUCACAUUAUAGACUUUGGUUUAGCAAAGGAGUACGUAGAUCCAGAAACAAAGAAGCACAUACCAUAUCGAGAACACAAGAGCCUUACAGGAACAGCUAGAUACAUGAGUAUAAAUACACAUUUAGGAAAAGAGCAAAGUAGAAGAGAUGAUUUGGAAGCAUUGGGUCAUAUGUUUAUGUAUUUUCUCAGAGGAAGUCUUCCAUGGCAAGGUUUAAAGGCGGAUACAUUAAAGGAACGUUACCAGAAAAUUGGAGACACUAAACGAGCAACUCCUAUAGAAGUAUUGUGUGAAAACUUCCCAGAGGAAAUGGCUACUUACCUGCGUUAUGUAAGAAGAUUAGAUUUUUUUGAAAAGCCAGACUACGACUACUUAAGAAAGCUCUUCACAGACUUACUUGAUCGGAAAGGCUAUAUGUUUGAUUAUGAAUACGACUGGAUUGGCAAACAGUUGCCUACUCCAGUGGGUUCAAUACAUUCAGACCCUGCAGUGUCUUCAAACAGAGAAGCAUAUCAGCACAGAGACAGAAUGCAACAAUCCAAAAAUCAGUCAACAGACCAUAGGGCAGCUUGGGACUCACAGCAAACCAAUCCACAUCAUUUGAGGGCUCACCUGGCAUCUGACAGACAUGGUGGCUCUGUACAGGUAGUAAGCUCAACAAAUGGAGAACUGAACACAGAUGACCCAACUGCAGGCCGUUCAAAUGCACCCAUCACAGCUCCUGCAGAAGUAGAAGUAACGGAUGAAACAAACUGCCAGAAAGUGUUGAACAUGUGUUAUGUAACUCUCAGAGCAGUUCUGGUCUGCCUCUGCCCACUGCUACUUUUUCAAUGACUGAGCGACAGGGUGCCUUGGAUAUUUUGAAAAGGUGCUGCUGCUUAUUCAAGCGGAGGAAAAGGAAAACCAUCCAGCGCAACAAAUGACUAGAACCAAACAGAACACGGGAAAAUGCAUAUUUGUUCAACUGUUGUCUUGUGAUCUUAAAAAGCCAACAACAAAGCCCAAAGCAAAAACCUCCAUAAUAAACACAUUUUCCAAGGACUCCCUGAGAAACAAUAUCAUGCCUCUGUGCUUUGAUUUGGUUCUUCUGCAUCCAUCUUCUGUUUCUUUAAUUCAUCUGUUCUGAAAGCUUUAACAUAUUGUCAAAUAGGAGUGCUUCUUUGACCAUCAACAUAUGGACCAAUGAAAUGAUAGAAAAUGAACAGAAAUCUUGAGCAAAACUGAACUUGAGAAGUAUUUCUUCUUUCCUAGGAAGUAGUAGCAGUGUCUUAGAUGAAGACGGAUGUCAUAAAUGGGUUAUUUGAGUUUGUAGCAGUGUAUCUAAAGCAGUUUUCUUAAAUGAAGAAGAAAAAUACAGGUACACAACCAUAAUGGAAAAUAAUAAAAUCUUAAGAUUUAUUUUAUGA